AUGCGCGUCGUCACCCUCGCCGGCGGCCUGCUCACGAACGUCGAGUGCCUGGAUCUGCUCAGGGAACGCGCGGGGACGAGCGCGCGGGCGGCGGCGUACCCGCAGCCGCACGACCCGUUCCCGACCGAAUUGCAGUGCUACGACGCGCUCGCGGCGUCCCCGGCUGGGGCGCAGGCGCGGGAGCGCGUGCAGGCGUUCAUCGACGCCGUGGACGCGGUGGAACUGACGAAGGCGGAGAUCGUGCAGUUGAUCAAUCUGAAACCGAGGGAACGGGUGGUGAUUCACGCGGUCGUCGAGUCGUGCGCGAAACGGUUGAGCGACGACGAGGUGGAUGAUCUCUUGCAUCUGUGCGAGGAGUAUCUAUGA